AUGCCUGUUUGUCUCUCUCUCUCUCUCUCUCUCUCUCUUCGCUAUUCGCUAUCUUCUUUCUCUCUCUCUUCUUCUAUCUCUUUCUCUCUCACUUACUCUCACGCCCAUCUACAAUCACACUUCUCUUUAUCUUACUCUGUUUCUUCCUCUCUCAUAAACGUUUCGUUUUCUUCUCGCUUUCUAACGUCCAUUUGCCUUUUUCGUUUUGUUCCUUUCUAUCUCUUGUAUAUAUCCCUCUCUCCUUAUCUGUCUGCUGAUUUCUCUCUUUUGUCAAUCGCAGCUGUUUCAUCUUUAUUCAUUUAUUUAUUUUCUCUUUCCUUCCAUUCUUCUAUCUAUCUAUCUAUAUAUCUAUCUAUCUAUCUAUCUAUGAAAUAUGUUGUAAAAAGACCCUGGCUUAAUUCUCUUUUAAAACCGACAACACGAAGAAUCAUUACUGACAUGGACGCGUGCCCGAAAGCACGGAGUUCAUGA